GGUGAAUCCUAUAAAUUUCUGAUGCACCAGUUCAUAUAACUCAAUAAUCCUAUCCUAUGUGAGCACUAUCUUUGUUAAUCUCAAACACAAUACAAUGAUAUCUAGAUAUAAUAUUGUUGGUGUAUUUUCCCUUUUUUGGCUCUCAAUAUUGGUCAAUAUUGAAGGUCUUAGUAUCUCUCAAUUCUUAACCGAAGAAUCAGAAGGAACCAAAUGGGCCGUCCUAGUUGCUGGCUCCAAUGGCUGGGAUAAUUAUAGGCAUCAGGCUGAUGUUUGUCAUGCUUACCAAUUACUCAAGGAUGGGGGUCUUAAAGAUGAGAAUAUCAUUGUAUUCAUGUAUGAUGACAUUGCCAGCAAUAGAGAAAACCCCAGACCUGGGGUCAUCAUCAAUAACCCACGUGGCCCUGAUGUUUACAAAGGUGUCCCCAAGGAUUAUAUACAGGAAGAUGUUAAUGCUAACAAUUUUUACAAUGUUAUCCUUGCUAAUAAAAGUGCUGUAGUUGGAGGAAGUGGGAAAGUUUUAAACAGUGAUCCGAAUGACCAUAUCUUCAUCUACUAUACUGAUCAUGGUGGCCCUGGCAUUGUUUCAAUGCCGAGUGGAGAAUAUGUUUUUGCAAAUGAUCUAGUCGACGUGUUAAAAAAGAAGCACUCUUCAGGGACGUAUGACAGAAUGGUGUUUUACCUAGAAGCUUGUGAGUCUGGAAGCAUGUUUGAUGGUCUUCUUCCCGAGGGUCUAGAUAUAUAUGCCAUGACUGCAUCAGAACCCGAUGAAGACAGUUGGGCAACGUAUUGUGGCGAGGGUACUCCUGAUGACCCCUGCUUGGUUGCAUGUCCCCCUCGCGAGUUUCAGGGUGUGUGCUUGGGAGACUUGUUCAGUGUUGCCUGGAUGGAAGAUAGUGAUGCACAAGAUCGAGAGGCUGACAGUGUCCAAGGGCAGUAUAGCCGAGUUGCAAACAGAACUGCGGCCAACAUAACGUAUGCUGACUAUGGUUCCCAUGUCACAGAAUAUGGUGAUACAGUGGUCAGUUUUGAUUCUCUUGCCGCGUAUAUGGGUGAAAAUUCCAAAAAUCACAGUCAUGCCUCGGUGGAUGCCAUGUCAUUGUCAAGGAAUGUGGAUCAGUUCAGUACUGAACUUUUCUAUUUGUUUACCAAACACCAAAAUGCUCCUGAAGGCUCUGAUGAGAAAUAUGAAGCUCAUGUGAAACUUAAAGAAGUUAUAUCACAGAGAACUCAAGUGGACAACAAUGUAAAACAUCUAGGGGAGCUUCUUUUUGGUGUUGAAAAAGGUAAUGAGGUACUGCACAGUGUUAGACCUGCUGGACAACCACUUGUUGACAACUGGGAUUGCCUUAAGUCCUAUGUCAAGAUAUUUGAGUCGCACUGUGGAAGAUUAACCCCGUAUGGAAGGAAACAUGUACGUGGCAUCGCCAACAUCUGCAAUGCUGGGAUUAAGAGUGAGCAAAUGGCUGCUGCAUCUGCACAAGCAUGUUCAAUUUAGUAGAGGGUAUUCUUGCAUUGUCAAAGGGAUACGAAGUAUGUUUAGCCAGUUUGUGUGUGUCAUGGCUGCAGAAUUUCACCUUUAGUAGAUAGCUACACUCAGAAUAAGGCUGCUUAUUAGAAACAGAUUUUUGCUCGGUUUCCAUGUACUAAAGCUUUACAUUCUCAAUAAUAAUGCCUUUUGACCUUUUUAUACACA